UAACCGAAGUAUCUGUAUUUCAGUAAAAAUAAAAAAUCAAUUGUCGGCAAAGUUUAAAUUUGGAGCAUAUAUGUGACGUCAGCUUAAGUGCUUUUAACAAACUACAUUUAUCCGUGAAGUUAACAUGGUUAAGAUAUUAUUUCUCCACCCUGAUUUAGGCAUUGGAGGGGCCGAACGUUUAGUAUUAGAUGCCGCAUUGGCCUUCAAAAGCAAAGGCCACGACGUCGCUUUUUACACAAAUCAUCAUGAUCCUACGCACUGUUUCGCUGAAACCAAAGAUGGUACCUUUCCAGUGACUGUAAUUGGUGAUUGGAUACCACGUUCUAUAUUCGGUAGAUUCAAAGCAGCGUUUGCUUACGCUCGUAUGAUGUUCGCCGCUGUUUAUUUAGCUUGGUAUGUAAUUCCAGUAGAAGAGCCGACGUUAAUUUUUUGUGAUCUAAUAUCAUUAUGCAUUCCAUUUUUAAAAUUAGCAAGAGGGCCUUUUAGAGUAGUAUUUUACUGUCAUCAUCCAGACAAACUUCUUACUACUGAAGGGGGUCUGCUGAAAAAGUUGUAUAGAGCUCCAUUGAAUUGGUUGGAAGAAUUAACUACAGCUUGUGCAGAUAAAGUUCUAGUGAACAGUAAAUACACAGCCAGAGUAUACCAAGAUGCAUUUCAGAAAAUCAAAGAUGUCCCCGAUAUUUGUUAUCCAUCAAUAAAUACAGAAUUCUUUAAGAGUACUGUACCGAAAUGCUUAAAAGAGAUUGUGCCAGUCGGAGGUGACAAGUUCACUUUCCUCUCAAUAAAUAGAUAUGAAAGAAAAAAGAAUUUAAAGCUAGCUUUACAAUCAUUAGCGGAAUUAAAACAUAUUAUUGAUGAGUCAGACUGGGAAAGAGUUCAUUUAAUAAUGGCUGGUGGUUUUGAUCCUAUUAAUUUGGAAAAUAUAGAACAUUUUAUGGAACUCACUGACUUAGCUGCUGAACUUGACCUAGUGGACAAAGUAACAUUCAUGAAAUCUCCCAAAGAUGUAGAGAAAGUAUCCCUCUUAUAUAAUUGUAAGGCAUUAAUAUAUACACCUUCUAAUGAACAUUUUGGAAUAGUACCUUUAGAAGCUAUGUAUUAUAGCAAACCAGUCAUUGCUGUGAAUAGCGGAGGUCCAACAGAGACAAUUGUGAAUGAUGUUACAGGAUUCCUUUGCGAGCCAAACUGUCAAUCAUUUGCUGAUGCCAUGAGUAUGUUGAUUGUAAAUCCAGAAUUAUGUGAAAAGCUCGGUGAGGCAGGCAGGAAAAGGUUUGAAACUAAAUUCUCUUUUGAAGCUUUCACCAAUCAGCUGGAUGGUAUAUUAACAAGAGAAAGGCAACUCAUUUCCGAGGCAAGAGCUAUAGAAUAUGAACGAAAGCAUAAAUAACAUGAUGCUAACACUCCAACAAUAUUUGACAUUGUUUGAGUGUUGUAUUUAAUUUGUGAUCUCCAAUUAUGACUAUUACUAGUAGAAAAAUGAUUAUUAUCUAAUUCCAAAAAUCUAGAUCAAAAAUUUAAUAAUCUUGUAUAAUAUUUUUUUAUAAAUCGAUAAAAAAAUAAAAAUCAUGUAGCAUUUAUCUUCUUUAAAUAUUGAAAAUAAUGGCUAAAUAAAAAGUAAGUUAAAUAAAAUAUAUCAGUGUUUAACAGUUUUGUAAGAGAUAAUAAAAUAAAGUGUUUCUCAGUAGUAGAGAUUAGAGGAUUCAUGAAGAUAAAACACAUAUGUUUUGAAAGAAUUUCCUUCCUGUUGAAUACUAUAUUUUGUGUUUUUUUUUCAUUAAAAUAUAUUUGUUGUAUUGCUGUAAUGUUACAUAGAUAUGUUUGUUAUUAUAUAAGGAUUUAAUGUAUAAACAAAUUAUCUGUCUUGCUAAAAGUCCUGUCUUUUAUGUUGUUUUAUAAACACCUGUACUAUUCUUAUUGCCUAAUUCAAUUAAUUCAAAUC